AUGGUGGAGCUGGAGAAGGAGGUUCUGCCGCUGCCGCCCAGGUACCGGUUCCGUGACCUGUUGCUCGGAGACUGGCAGGCGGACGACAGGGUGCAGGUGGAGUUCUACGUGAAUGAAAACACCUUCAAGGAACGCCUGAAGCUGUUCUUCAUCAAAAACCAAAGAUCCAGUCUCAGGGUUAGACUGUUCAACUUCUCCCUGAAGGUUCUGAGCUGCCUCCUCUACAUGGUGCGAGUGCUGCUGGACGACCCGCGGGAAGGCAGGGGGGGAUGGUCCCUCAUCAUCUGGGUGGACAGACCUCUUCCUCUGUGGGUCCUACAAGUGCUGGUGGCGUUCAUCAGCUUCUCAGAAACCAUGUUACUGGUGUACCUCAGUUAUAAGGGCAACGUGUGGGAGCAAGUGCUGAGAGUUCCCUUCGUUCUGGAGAUGAUCAGCACAGUUCCCUUUGUCAUUACUGUGUUUGUACCCUCCCUGAGGAACCUGUUCAUCCCUGUCUUUCUGAACUGCUGGUUGGCCAAGCAUGCGCUGGAGAACAUGAUUAACGACCUGCACCGGGCCAUCCAGCGCACGCACUCAGCCAUGUUCAACCAGGUGCUCAUCCUCAUCUGCACCCUCGUGUGUCUCAUGUUCACCUGCAUCUGUGGGAUCCAGCACCUGGAGCGGGCGGGCAACAACCUGACCCUGUUCGACUCGCUCUACUUCUGUGUGGUCACCUUCUCCACGGUGGGCUUCGGUGACGUCACGCCGCGCAUCUGGCCCUCGCAGCUGCUCGUGGUCAUCAUGAUCUGUGUGGCGCUCAUCGUGCUGCCCGUGCAGUUUGAGCAGCUGGCCUUCCUGUGGAUGGAGCGGCAGAAGUCCGGUGGGAACUACAGCCGGUACCGGGCGCAGACCGAGAAGCACGUGGUGCUGUGCGUGAGCUGUCUCAAGAUCGACCUGCUCAUGGACUUCCUCAACGAGUUCUACGCCCACCCCCGGCUGCAGGACUAUUAUGUGGUCAUUCUUUGUCCAGCUGAGAUGGACGUCCAGGUACGUCGUGUCCUGCAGAUCCCGCUGUGGGCCCAAAGGGUCAUCUACCUACAGGGCUCCGCCCUAAAAGACCAGGACCUCAUGAGGGCCAAAAUGGACGAUGCUGAGGCCUGCUUUAUCCUCAGCAACCGCUUCGAAGUGGACCGCAUAGCCGCUGACCACCAGACCAUCCUGAGGGCCUGGGCUGUGAAGGACUUUGCCCCAAACUGCCCCCUGUACGUGCAGAUUCUCAAACCCGAGAGCAAGUUCCACGUCAAGUUCGCAGAUCACGUGGUGUGUGAGGAAGAGUUUAAGUACGCCAUGUUGGCCCUCAACUGCGUGUGUCCAGCCACCUCAACGCUCAUCACCCUGCUGAUCCACUCGUCUAGGGGACAGGAGGGCGGGGCCAGCUCCGUGGACCAAUGGCAGCGCACGUACAGCCGCUGCUCGGCCAAUGAGGUGUUCCACAUUCGCCUGGAGGAGAGCAAGUUCUUCGGGGAGUACCAGGGCAAGAGCUUCACCUUCGCAUCCUUUCACGCCCACAAGAAGUACGGGGUGUGUCUCAUCGGGGUGCGCAGGCUGGACACAGCCAACAUCCUUUUGAACCCGGGACCGUGCCACAUCAUGGCCGCGUCCGACACGUGUUUCUACAUCAACAUCUCCAAGGAGGAGAACUCGGCCUUCGUCCGGGGCCACAGGGAGUCCAUGGGGGGUCCUGGGAGGAGCCCGGGGGGUGUUCCGCAGACCAUCUACCAUGGGCUGACCCGCCUCCCAGUGCACAGCAUCAUUGCUAGCAUGGGAACGGUCGCUAUGGACCUGCCCGAUUCUAGCGGCAGCAGCCCAGACGGUGCAGAGGGCGGGGCUGGGGGCGUGGCCAACACCCUGGCCCUCCCCGCGGCAGCCGACACGGCCCGGGAGAGGCGGCACAGCAUCGCCCCAGUCCUGGAGCUCGUGGACAGGGUUAGCAGCCCCUCCCUGGACCUGCUGAGCGACCAGUCGGAGGACGAAGGAGGCGAGGGCGGUGAGGGGGACGAGUGGGUGAAGGGUUACCCCUUGAACUCUCCCUACAUCGGCAGCUCGCCCACGCUGUGCCACCUGCUGCAGGAGAAGGUGCCCUUCUGUUGCCUGUGCCUGGACAAGGCCUGCCGCCACGUGCCCUGUGAGGACGCCCGCUCCUACGGUUUCCGGAACAAGCUGAUCAUCGUGUCGGCCGAGGGCGCCGGCAACGGACUCUACAACUUCCUGGUGCCGCUGCGGGCGUACUACCGGCCUAAGAAGGAGCUCAAGCCCAUUGUGCUGCUGCUGGAGAGCCCGCCCGAAGCCUACUUCCUGGAGGCCAUCUGCUGGUUCCCCAUGGUCUUCUACACAGUGGGCUCCAUCGACAACCUGGACAGCCUGCUCCGCUGUGGAAUCACAUUUGCUGAUACCAUAGUGGUGGUGGACAAGGAGAGCUCCAUCAUUGCCGAGGAGGACUACAUGGCCGACGCCAAGACCAUUGUGAACGUGCAGACGCUGUUCAGGCUCUUCCCUGCCCUCAGCAUCAUCACGGAGUUGACCCAUCCGGCCAACAUGCGCUUCAUGCAGUUCAAGGCGAAGGACCAUUACUCGCUGGCGCUGUCCCGGCUGGAGAAGAAGGAGAGAGAGAAAGGAUCCAACCUGGUUUUCAUGUUCCGCCUGCCCUUUGCUGCGGGAAAAGUCUUCAGCGUCAGCAUGUUGGACACCCUGCUUUACCAGUCCUUUGUAAAGGACUACAUGAUCUCCAUCACCCGGCUGCUCCUGGGCCUCGAUUCCACUCCAGGCUCCGGCUUUCUGUGUGCAAUGAAGAUCACGGAGGAGGACCUGUGGAUCCGCACCUACGGUCGGCUGUACCAAAAGCUGUGCUCCUCCUCCGGAGACAUUCCCAUUGGCAUCUACCGCACCGAGUCACGGACGCUGUCGGUAUCGGAGUCGCAGGUGUCCAUCAACGUGGAGGAAUACGAAGACACACGGGAGCCCCGGGAACCGCUGUUAUGCCGGACAGGCCCUGCCCAUCGCAACUCCACCUCCUCGGAGCCGCCGCCCCCUUCCUCCGGUGCCGACCAGCCGCUGCUACGGCGCAAAAGCAUGCAGUGGGCACGGCGGCUCAGCCGCAAAGGGGGUCGGGGGCCGGGCGGGCCAAGGGCCCAGGGGGGGGCCGCCGAACGCAUCAGCCAACAGAGACUCACGCUGUUCCGGCGCUCCGAGCGACAGGAGCUCAACGCACUGGUGCGCACACGCAUGAAGCACCUGGGACUGUCGCCGUCCGGCUACAACGAGAAAGCUGACCAGGGCAACACGCUGUCCUACGUCCUCAUCAACCCGUCUCCCGACUCGCGGCUCGAACUCAACGACGUCGUGUACCUGAUCCGACCCGACCCGCUCUCCAUGGUGCCGAGCCGAAGGGCUGCUGGGGGGCAGGGUGACAGCACACACCUGUGACCAGACUCGCUGCAGCAGGACACACACUCAGCAGAUCAUGGGGGGCUCUGCACGUCUGUGUGUGUGUGUGUGUGUGUGCCAGCAGACCACACAGGUCUUCAUUCGCAGACCGUUUGAUCUCUUCCCUCUACUGUAAUUUUUGAAGAGCCAUGAAUGUACCAUACAUGUAAGAUAAGUACCACACAUGUGCCGCUCUGUAUAUGCGUGUAUCCGAGAGAGAGCGGUCGGCCUGUUUCCACUGAGCCAUAUCGCAGCCACGGAGUCGAGGAGCUGGGUGCGAAAGGGGGCGGGGCUACCAGGAAGCUGGACCUCUGCCCGGGCAAAAGUGCCGCCGCAGCAGCUGGAGCUCGUGCUGCACCCACUGAUCUCGCCA